UUACAAUGUGUGCUACCAAAACUGGACGAUAUUCGGAAUCGACGUAUCGAGGAUAUGUUAUUGGAGAUACUACUGUGGAUGGGGACGACGUGGUAGUGGCAUUACGACAACCCCUAGGGGAGGAGGCCUUUGAAGGUAUAGAGGAGUGGUCCCAAGUCUGGUUAUACUACCUCUUGCAGGGAUCGGAAAAGGCCACUACGAUAGACUAUCAGGUGAUGGACAUAGUCUCAUUAGAAGGUAGGAAGUUACGGUUACGUCCCAUAGCAGGAACUACCAGUGCAGUAGAGGGAGCUCGAGUCAUUGAUAUUAAGCCUUACCACACUCUUGAUGCUGUUCUCUAGUCUCGACUGA